CAUCUCGUCGCGGUCCUGUUUCCCACGCUCUAUAACAGCAAUACUCUGGAUCGCUUGAACGUCACCUUUCCAUCCCAACUUAUCAUCAUUGGGACCAAGUGGAUGAGCUUUUGAGGCAAUGGGGAUCCCGAAAUUUUGGGUGCGGUCGGACACGACCGAAGUACCGGCGGUUGAUACCCACCCAUCCAGUUCCGACAUCUCGGUGAUUCACGACGGCAAUCUCGCGUAUACUCUAGAGAAGGCAGGAAAUGGAUCGAAGCCAUCUUAUCAGGAGGCAGCCGGCGCUCCUGUCGAAUCCAAGUCGCCACUAGGGUACCACGUUGGUUGGAUAACAGUCCUCUUUCUCAAUAUCAAUCAAAUGAUUGGUACCGGUAUUUUCUCGACGCCUGGAACUAUUCUUAACAGUACUGGUUCUGUCGGACUUGCUCUUAUCUACUGGACAAUUGGCAUAUUAUUAGCUAUCGCGGGCUUCAGUGUCUACCUUGAGCUCGCGAGUUACUUUCCAAAUAGGUCAGGAUCUGAGGUUGUCUACCUGGAGCAAGAAUACCCAAGGCCGAAACAUUUCUUCCCUGUUACCUUUGCGGUCUACUCCGUAAUCCUAAGCUUCAGCAGCAGUAACGCUAUCGUCUUGGCCAGAUAUGUAUAUCAGAUUGCGGGUUCUACACCGACCGACUGGCAAUUGAAAGGUGUUGCGGUUGCUGCGUAUACUGUAGCAAGCUUAUGCGUGAUUCUUCAUAACAAAUACUCUCUAUGGCUAAUGAAUGUGCUCGGGGUUGUCAAAAUCAUUACUCUCAUCUUCAUUAGUAUAACCGGCCUCGUGGUCUUGGGCGGAAACGUCCCUCAUAUUCCCGACCCCGGAGCCAACUUCCGAAAUGCGUUCGAGGGCACAACAACCAACGGAAACGAUCUCGCCGUCGCUUUAGUUAACAUUGUCUUUUCGUACACGGGCUUUGCGAAUGCCUUCAACGUGGUCAACGAAAUCAAGAAUCCUAUUCCGACAUUGAAAAAGAACGGUGCCAUCUCUAUCUUGGUCGUUGGCUUACUGUAUAUGCUCUGCAACAUUGCAUACUUCGCUGCCGUGUCCAAGGACGAAUUCGCUAAGUCUAAAGAAAUUGCCGCAGCCGUGUUCUUCGUGUCUGUCUUUGGUAGGGGCCGCGCGAACCAGGCUCUAAACGUUUUGGUUUUGCUAAGUGCCUUCGCGAAUCUACUUGCUGUGUUGAUCGGCCAGUCCCGAGUGAUCCGCGAAAUUGGCCGACAAGGCGUGCUCCCAUUUACCAAUUUUUGGGUGUCCACCAAACCUUUCGGUACUCCCUUCGGCCCAUACUUCCUAAAGUGGGUUAUGACAUUUAUUAUGAUUGUUGCUCCCCCUGCUGGCGACGCUUUUCAAUUUAUUGUGAGUCUGGGAACUUACCCGGAUGGAAUAUUCCACCUUGCUCUUGCAGUCGGUGUAUACCUAGUUCGCUAUAGGCAAAAGCGUUUGGGGAGAAAAGCACCCGACUUCAGGACCUGGGACGUGGUUUUGAUUUUCUAUAUCUUGCUCCAGGUCUACAUUCUCGCAACGCCGUGGAUCCCUCCGAAAGGAGGCCCGUACGCCGGCGAAGUUUCGUUCUGGUAUGCGACGUACUGUGUCGUUGGUAUUGCUAUUAUCGUUACCUGCGGCAUAUACUAUGUCAUCUGGAUCUAUGCGCUACCAAGAUGGGGAGGGUAUAAGAUACGACCAGAAAUAAUGAGCGUCGAGGACCAAGGCGCCACGACUCAUCGAUUAGUUAAAGUACCUCUAAACGAAGUGGAGAAAUGGGACCAGGACCACGACGAAGCCGGACAUUUGAGACGGAGACAUGUAGUUGCUUCGACAACGUCUUCACAAGGUGAUGACGGCAUUACCGAGGCGCCCAAGAUUGUGUAAACUAUUAAUUAGACUUGCUAUGCCUUUGUUAAACAGUUAACCUCUAUAUGAAGACUGAAACUAUGGUAUAACACGAGUUUCACAAUCUAAAAGGAGUUAGUUAAUUCUCAUAAACACAUAUGCCCGGCUUAA